AUGUCAGUUGCUGAUUUUGCUUUGAGUUCGAUUUGCAAAGAAGCGGUAUAUUGGGAAAGCAAACCGGGACAUUGUUCUGGUGAGCCAAUCCUGAUUUACCUUACUGUGGACGGUGCUGUGACCCCAAUGCGUGUGUUGGAAUCCGAUUCCAUUGCUUCGGUGAAACUGAGGAUUCAGCAAUGCAAAGGUUUUGUGGUGAAGAAGCAGAAACUGGUUUUUAGUGGCAGAGAGCUGGCUCGCAAUGAUUCGCUCAUCAAGGAAUAUGGUGUCACUGAUGGCAAUGUUCUUCAUUUGGUUCUUCGCCUUUCUGAUCUUUUGUUCGUUGUUGUGAGGACCACUUGUGGGAAGGAAUUUGAAUUCCAUAUUGAUCGGCAUAGAAAUGUGGGGUAUCUUAAGCAACGCGUUAAAAAGAAGGGGGAAGGUUUCGUUGAUCUUGAGGAUCAAGAGCUUUUCUGCAAUGAUGAGAAGCUUGAUGACCAGAGACUCUUCCAUGACAUAUGUAAGAGUGAUGAUGAUGUGAUUCAUUUGUUAAUUAAAAAAUCAGCUAAGGUUAGGACUACACCCAUUCACAAAGAUUUGAAGCUUUCGGUUGAGGCAUCUAUACCAGGUGAGACUACAGAUCAAAGAGUACAAGUAGGAGAGAAUAGGACCAAGCAAUUUCAGAUAGCAAAGAUACCACCUGGUUUAGGUUUCUGGUUGGAACCAAUAAUUGUGAAUCCUAAGAUCAAUUUUUUUCCUUUCCUUUGGGACAUGAUCAACUCCACAUUUGAGGGUUUGAAGAAAGGAAAUAGUCCCAUUAGGUCCUCAGAGGGCACAGGAGGGACCUACUUCUUGCAAGAUUCAACAGGUCACGAGCAUGUUUCAGUUUUCAAGCCCAUGGAUGAGGAACCAAUGGCUGUGAACAACCCACGAGAUUUACCAAGUUCAUCCAAUGGUGAAGGUUUAAAAAGAGGGACAAAGGUUGGAGAAGGAGCUUUGAGGGAAGUUGCAGCUUACAUACUAGAUCAUCCAAGAAGUGGACCACGUUUGGUAUCAGGUGAAGUAAUAGGCUUUUCUGGUGUUCCCCCAACUGUUAUGGUGCAGUGUUUACACGAAGAAUUUAACCACCCAAAUGGGUAUGCUUGCACAUCAAAACAUGUUAAGAUCGGUUCAUUACAGAAGUUCAUCAAUAAUGAAGGUAAUUGUGAGGACAUUGGACCUGCGGCAUUUCCAGUGGAAGAUGUGCAUAAGAUUACUGUGCUUGAUAUAAGAAUGGCUAAUGCAGACAGGCAUGCUGGGAAUAUAUUGAUAAGAAAGGAGGCAAGUGGCCAGAUUAAGCUCAUUCCUAUUGAUCAUGGCUAUUGUCUACCAGAUAAAUUUGAAGAUUGCACAUUUGAUUGGCUUUACUGGCCACAAGCACGUCAACCUUACUCUCCUGAGACAGUUGAUUAUAUUAAAUCUCUGGAUGCUGAAAAAGACAUUGAACUCUUGAAACAUUAUGGAUGGGAUAUUCCACUUCAGGUUGCUCGAACACUUCGAAUUUCAACAAUGUUGCUGAAGAAAGGGGUUGAGAGAGGUCUUACUCCCUAUGCAAUUGGAAGCAUUAUGUGCCGGGAAAAUUUGAACAAGGAAUCUGUAAUUGAGGAGAUUAUUUGUGAAGCCCAAGAUUCCAUGCUUCCUGGCAUGGAGGAAUCAACAUUUCUUGAAUCCAUCUCGCAAAUCAUGGAUUCCCACCUUGAUAAGCUUGCAAAAUAG